AGGUUGUCUGGUUUCUAGGAGAGUAGGGUGAGCGUGUACAGUAUUUAAGUGUCUGAAGAAAAUAAGAAACAUGGAUGGUCAUAAGUACAAUUAUCCAAGGGAAUUUUAUGAUCAAUAUGCUCAAAGCCAAGAAAAAUCUGUGGUUAAUAAAAUGCAACAGAAGUACUGGAAAACAAAGCAAACCCUUAUAAAAGUCACAGGAAAAAAAGAAGAUGAACAUGUUGUGGCUUCAGAUGCAGAUCUGGAUGCAAAACUAGAGCUGUUCCAUUCAAUUCAGAGAACAUGUAUGGAGCUGUUGAAAGCAAUAGAACUUUAUCAAAAAAGGAUUUGUUUUCUGUCUCAGGAAGAAAAUGAAUUGGGGAAAUUUCUUCGAUCACAGGGUUCUCAGGAUAAAACAAGAGCAGGAAAAAUGAUGCAAGCAACUGGGAAGGCCCUCUGCUUUUCUUCUCAGCAAAGAUUAGCACUGCGUGCUCCUUUGACUAGGUUAUAUCAAGAAGUGGAGACUUUCAGAUAUAGGGCCAUAUCAGACACGUGGCUGACAGUAAAUCGCAUGGAACAGUAUCGAACUGAAUACAGAGGAGCUCUGCUCUGGAUGAAAGAUGUGUCUCAGGAGCUGGAUCCGGAUCUUUAUAAGCAGAUGGAAAAGUUCAGGAAGGUAUGACAUUUCUUGUAGUUUCCUGGAGUGGAGUGCCUGAUGAAGCAAUGAAGCAUGAUUUUGAUUGUUCUGAGGAAGAUAUAACUCUGCAGAGCUAAAAAUGCCAUUAAACAUAACUAAUCUUUUUCCGUGUGACAAAACUCCAAUUAAUCUGAUAUGGAAUACAAUAUCCUUCAAAGAAGAGUAGGCUGUAAGGGAAGAUAUGGUAGUAAGAAAUAGCAUUUUUCAGUAGUCAAUUUAACUUCAUCUUAAAUCUUUAUAAUUUAAAUAAAAUAUAUGUUUUAAAGAAGGCUAUCUAAUUUUAAAUACUUAGCUGUGAUACCUGAAUGACUAAUUGAAGAAGAUAUGCCUGCUUUCAUCUGGGAAAGGAAAAUAGAUUUUUGUACCUAAAAUGGACAUAAUAACAGAAAUGCCAUAGUAUCUGCUGAUAAAUCUUUGGGUGCAGUUAAAAGCAGGCUUUUUCGGAAUGGAGUGUUGUCAGAUUUAAGGGAGGAGUUCUGUAUACAGCUCAGCAUGAUUCCUGGGCAACUGCUAACUAUUAAAACUGUUAAGAAUGCACUCUCCAUAAAUUGUCUUCCUUCAGUGUCUCUCAGGUUGACUGUACUCCUCCCCUGCCAAUCACAAGUCACAGAGGAUAGUCUGCAGAUUUGCUACUAAGUGUGAGGAUAGAAUUUAUUUGGGUUGAUCCUGAUCAGGAAUGCUCAGGAGGCCCUUAAGUGUAUUAGUGAAGGACUGGAACUUUUCUUAAGACAAUUCUUGUUCAUUAAUGGCUUGAGCAGUCAUCUUUCUGUGACUGGAAAUGUUUGGAGAUGAAAGGUGCAUAAUUUGGAGUUUAAAAACUUGAGUGAGCCAUCCUAAUGGAAAAGAACUGGUAUGCAUCUAGACUAUACCAUUUCUUGUAAACUGUAUGACAAUAGCAAUUAAGAAAGGGGUGGAACAGAUGAAAUUCCAGCUAGCCAUCUAAUCUUUAUUUAUAUACUUCAGUGCAGGAUAUUCCUGUAAGUAUUGUGGCACCGGGCAAGUAUUUUAUUAUGCCUUGUGGGAAAUGUUUAUAAUGGCAAGUUCUUACAGGUAAAAUAAUUGGUAUGGUCUUGGCAUCAGCCAAUUGCUUACGUGUUAUGUUUGAUUUAUUAGAAAAACACUUAAGAAAUGGAAUGUUAGAACGAAUAAAGCAGUGCUGGUAAUGGUCAUACGAAGUUGACUUAUAGCUUUCUUGAAAAACAAAUGCUAUGGAAGGUAUAAAUUAUGUAAAUGGCAAAAUAAUUAAAAUUUAUGCUUUGACUCAUGAGUUGUUCAUUUAAAAAGCUGCGUGUGAAAUUUCAGACCUCUUGUAUU